AAUAAUUUUGUUACUGAUUUUUUAAACUUCAAAAAUGAUUUAGCCAUAGUCAUUUCAAUGUCAGAAAAAUUAUUAUAUCCUAUCGAUAAUGUUUGUAAUUCAUUAUGAAAGUGUACAAACAUCAAUGGAAUUCCAUGAGAAUAUAUUUAUGAGCGAAUUAUCCAACGACUUUCUAUUUCAGCACGCGCGCUUUUUCUACUUUCGUUAUGACUGAAUCGCAGGAAUUACUUCAUGAACUUCCCAAAGAAACAAUCCGUUUAUUAGGGAGCACUCAAGUGAUAACAUCGGUAUUCAGCGUUGUGAAAGAACUGAUAGAAAAUGCCCUUGAUGCAGGUGCUACCUCGCUUGAGUUGCGUUUGGAAAACUAUGGACUGGACAAAAUUGAGCUCAGAGACAGUGGAUCAGGGAUACCAGUGAAAGACGUCCCAUUUGUGGCCAAGAAGUACCACACCUCUAAAAUCACAAACUUUUCUGACCUAGAGAAUUUACAGACCUAUGGCUUCAGGGGUGAGGCUCUGGGGUCUCUCUGCAGUGUGUCUAACUUGUCCAUCACUACCCGUACCACAAACGAGGAAAUCAGCUCCACCUAUAGUUUUAAUUACCAAGGGCAGAUAACUUCAUCUAGACCCUCCCAUCUAGGAAUAGGUACGACAAUAACUGCUCUUAACUUAUUUAAGAACCUACCUGUGAGGAGGCAGUUUUAUAACACUAACAAGAAAAAGAGAGAUGAACUAAAACGCAUUGAAGACCUGUUGUUGUCAUACGGAAUUGUCUCCCCUGUGGUACGGAUUAAUCUCCGCCAUGAUAAAGGAAUUAUCUGGCAGAAAAAUCCUGUUCCAGAUGUUAAAACAGCCAUUCUGGAAACUCUGGGGAAAACUGUCAGCUGUAAUCUUCAAAAGAAAGAGCUAGUGAUCGAAUUCCCAAAGGUAAGAAUGGACCUAUAUUUGCCUUCUCCAGAGUGUGACUGGUCCGCAGUGUCUCGCAGCGUAAAAGACAGGGGGUUUGUUUUUAUUAACCAAAGACCUGUCCAUCAUAAAGAAAUUGAAAAGAUGAUAAGAAGUUAUCUGUGUUUAGAGAAGGGGAGGUAUCCUGUGUUUAUCGUAUCCGUCACGAUUCCGCCAGCGGAUUUGGAUGUCAACGUAGAACCAAACAAGACACGAGUCUUCCUUCACAAACAAGAAAUUGUUAUGGAAUUAUUGGAGAAUUAUUUGAAAGACACAUACAAUCCUAUACAACAGUCCAAGGUGGAAAAUCAAAUGUUAGACAUCAAUAUGCAAAACAGAGGGGAGAAUGCGGCAGGAUUGUCAAUAACUGAAACCAUUGAUCCGGAAAAUGAAGUCAACCAUGAUUCCAUGGUAACCACAGACCACCAGGUCAAGGUCAUAGCUACAAAAGAUCUGAGCUUAUUGGACAACUCCCUUCCUGUAUUUAGAAUUCCCAUUGAUAAGGAACCAGAAGAAGUCCAGGAAUUGGGUCAUGUUGAACGAGUUGCUACAGAAAGUCUGACAGUGUGUUCAGAUAUCCCAGAGAUUCCAAAUAUUACAUGUAUACCCAAAACUCUUAAAAAAGAAUCCAAUUCUUCAGGACACAGUCUCCAAUCUGCUGAAGAAGAUGAUCGUACGACAGAGACCGUAAAUGUCCAAACUGCAAAUGCUAGAGACCCUACAGAUGAAUCAUCUGAUGUUAUGACCCCAGCUGACCCCAAGGAAAGGUCAAGUAUCACAACUAACACACACAACAAUGAAUUAACUGAUGAUGCUUUGUCGGACCUUAUGUCGCCCUGGUCAGAUAACACAGACACAUGUAACGGAGAAACUGCUGUAAAUACAACAUCUACUUCAGUCACUGAGGAUCAUAUUAAAGAGACGGGUGGAUCAAACGGAGAACAGUGGAGCAGAGGUCAAAUGUUAAAGAAUUCUAGUGGAGGGUCCUUAGAGCCAGUGAAGCUGUUAUGUCAAGGGAAACGCCCACUUUCCCCAGACAUUGGAAAUUCCCCACCAAAGAAGAGGAAAUCAUUUGAGGUAAAUUUGGAUGAUAGUGGUAUAUUCUCAACUCCCCAGAAAAAGAAUGCAUUUAAACUAUUUGCCCAGAAGAUGACUCCAAAAAUUGUUUCCGAAAAUCCGGAAUAUCCAGAGAGCAAAAUUGCUGAAAUGAUCCGAGAAGGCUGGGAUAAUUUGUGUAUGUCCGAGAAAACCACUUAUGAACUAAAAGCUGGGGCAGCUAAUAUAGGAAAGGGUGAAACCAACAAGGUCCUGAACCAGAGUCUGAGAAACAAAGUUCAGAAAAGCAAGUUUAAUCCGGCGCCAUCAAUAAAGGAUCAAUUGAUGAAGACGGCCGGCAGACAUGUAACACCAAACGAGACCCAUGUCCCCAGAAAGGAGCAGACGGUACCAUUCAACAUGGACAAGCUGAGACGAAGAUUCUCAUCGUGCCCAUCAAAGAGUCAGUCAAUCAAUUCACAGUGGGAAUUGAUUGGUCCUCUGAAGUCAUGUGGUAUGUGGAUGUGUUACCAUGACUACAAAAUCCAUAUCUUGAAUCCCCAUCGUAUCCAUGAGACUGUUUUGUACCACCGACUGUUGAAAGACCAUGUUUUACCCACGGAACCUUUAGAAAAGCCAGUCAAUGUCAGUCCAGGGAUGUUUGGCAACCAUUGGGAAACGUUUCGGAACCUAGCGAUGCAGUACAGGACCUCGGAGAUGUACCCACUCCUGCGGGACCAAAGGUUCACCAGUAAUGGCAUUCAUAUCAAACUGUUUUUUGACGUGAAUUGUGAUGUGCAAGUAGAGUUAUCUGCCUUGUCCCCCUGUAUUCCUACUUACGGACCAGAGGAUGUUAAGGAGAUCCUUGACCUUAUAGACACCACAGGGGCAAAGUCCAUCUCAAGUUCACGACCUCUCAAGGUCAUCAAUUAUCUCAAGUCCGAGGCAGUCCGAAUGGCCAGGCAGUUACCACGGCAACAGGAUUCUGAUGAUAUGCAGGAGCUCUUGUGUCAAGUUAAAGAACUUUUACCAAAGGGAUGUUGUAGCUGUCUUCAUGAUAAACCAUUUCUUUAUGCUGUGUAUGAUAUGAGUAAUCUGCCUCUGACGCAGUAUUCACAGAGUGAUGAAAUUUAAAAGUAUCCAGUGAUGAUCACAAUGAAGUGUUUAUUGAUACAAGAUUGUAUUUCUUUGUGCAUAAUCCAAUUACAAACUUAUCCACAUCAUGUAUGAGCAAAAUUUCUUUUCUUUUAAUAUUUACUUUUGCCAAUUUUUUUUCCAAUAUUAAAUGUAUGCUGUUUC